AGUUAGGCCUGCGUUUGAAAUUGGAUGAUCCGCAGAAAGGUAGGUCUUUAGCCGGUGAGCCCAUGGUUUUGGGGCACCCUGUAACCUAACCAUACACCGCCACGUCGUCAAAACCAUCAUCUCUCCCUGGUAAUCGACAAUUGGAAACAACAGUGGGGAGCAUUGGAGCGUCAGGGCGCAGGGAAAGUGUCGUUUGGUUUCCAGAGAGAUUUCGAGGUCCCUGCUUGCAUGUCAUUAAACGAAGCUGGACAAACGUGUUCCAUCACCUGAUCUCAAUUGAUCAAGGUGAACAUUUUGCUUUGUCAAGAUUGCACAGGUCCUCACAUUCGUCCAGCAGGAACCAAGAGGCGUUUUUGUCCAGAUGGUUUCUCGUCACAUACAUCAUUCACUUUGAAAAAAAAUCUAUCUCUUGUUGAAAUGGAUAUGUUCUCACUUUCAAGUGCACCUCUUGGAGAGAAGGCAGGCUUGGAUACUAAAUGUAGUGAGGAUGUCAAGGUUGCAAGGUCUCUUAGGCGUAGACCUUGGAUAAAUUAUGCAAUGUUUGAUGUGAGUUCAGAAGAGGAAUCUCAGAAGAAACCAACCAAGCUGAAACAGUUGUCACUGACUCCUUUAAAAAAAGGAGUUAUUCGUGGGUGUCCAAAUUGUAACAACUGCCAAAAGGUAAUAGCCAGAUGGGAUCCAGAAAAUGCACGCAGACAGGUCAUCAGUGAAGCUCCUGUAUUCUACCCAAAUGAAGAGGAAUUUAAGGACCCUCUGAAGUACAUUGCAAGUAUAAGACAGACGGCAGAAUCAUAUGGAAUUUGCCGAAUUGUUCCUCCUCCUUUUUGGAAGCCACCAUGCAUUCUUAAGCAAAAGCAUAUAUGGGAAAAUGCCAAGUUUGCUACACGAAUUCAACAGCUUGACAAACUUCAAAAUCGAAAACCUAUGAAAAAAAGAUCCAGAAACAUUGGUCAUAUUAAGAAAAGAAAGAAAAGAUGCCUGAAAAUGGGAAUAUCCUGCAGUCCUAGUGAUACAAGCAGUGCAGAUAUACAUGAGAGCUUCGAUGAGAGUGAGAUUUUUGGUUUUUUACCUGGUCCAGAGUUCACUUUAGAGUCUUUUCAGAAGUAUGCAGAUGAUUUUAUUGGACAGUACUUUGGCAUGAAUGAUACAAUCCCAAUGUCAAGCUUGAGCAACAGUGAGGAUAAACAUGGAAAAGGACCAUCUGUGGAUGACAUUGAGGGUGAAUACUGGCGGAUGGUUGAGAACCCAACUGAAGAGAUUGAGGUACUUUAUGGGGCUGAUUUGGAAACUGGAACAUUUAGCAGUGGAUUUCCUAAGGGAUCCACUGAUUAUGGGGACAGUGAGCCAGAUGUGUAUGUGAAAUCAGGUUGGAACUUAAAUAACUUACCAAGGCUGGCAGGAUCUCUGCUUUCCUUCGAGCAGACUGAUAUUUCUGGUGUUCUAGUGCCAUGGCUUUAUAUAGGGAUGUGCUUUUCAUCGUUUUGCUGGCAUGUUGAAGAUCAUCAUCUUUAUUCAUUGAACUACAUGCAUAUGGGUGCUCCAAAAUUAUGGUAUAGCGUCCCAGGAAAUCAUGCUUUGAAAUUGGAGGCGGCCAUGAAGAAGCAUCUGCCUGGUUUAUUUAAAGAACAGCCUGACUUGCUUCAUAAGCUUGUUACCCAAUUUUCUCCAAUGAUAUUGAAGUUGGAAGGCGUACCUGUUUAUCGUUGUGUUCAACAGUCUGGAGAGUUUGUUCUCACUUUCCCUCGAGCAUAUCAUUCUGGUUUUAACUGUGGAUUUAAUUGUGCUGAGGCAGUCAAUGUUGCUCCCAUUGACUGGUUGCCACAUGGACAGAGCGCUGUGGAACUUUAUUGUCAGCAAUUUCGUAAAACUUCUUUGUCUCAUGACAAGUUAUUACUGGGGGCAGCACGAGAAGCUGUUAGAGCACUUUGGGAGCUUCAUAUUCUGGGAAGAGACACUCCCCACAACUUACAAUGGUCAGCUGUUUGUGGAAAGGAUGCCAUUUUGACAAUGGCAUUAAAGACCCGCAUUGACUUAGAGCACAGAAGAAGGAAGUUCUUCUGCAGCCCUUCGCAGGUGAGGAAAAUGGACGUGAGCUUUGAUGCUACCAAUGAGAGGGAGUGUGUCAUAUGCUUUUAUGAUUUGCAUCUCUCUGCAGUUGGUUGUGAAUGUUCUCCAGAAACAUUUGCAUGCUUAGACCAUGCAAAACAACUUUGUUCUUGUGAUUGGAGUACAAGAUUUUUCCUCUUUCGCUAUGAAUUAAGUGAACUCAACCUAUGCAUGGAAGCAUUGGGAGGGAAAUUGAAUGCCAUACACAGAUGGGCAAAUUUAGAUCUCAGGCUCUCUUUGAGUUCCUAUGUCAAAAAGGAAGAGAAGUUUCAAGGAUCAGAGAAAACCUGUGCCUUGCUUUGCAAGCCCUCCUUGAGAGAGAUGGAACUGAAAAAACAUAUGCCACUGGAUGAUGCGUCAGUGCAGGGUCCUGCUAGUGUUUCUGUCCUGCGGAUAGAAACAAACAAGCUUCUAAUGCAGCCAGCCUGUCUUGGUACAACAGAAGUUAAAGAUCGUAGGACACCGAACAAGGUAGAGGAAUUAACUUUCAAAAGGGAAACUUUUGUAUUUGAAGAGGACAAAGCAAGAAUCUAUGACAUGACUGAACUUGGUAAAGUCAUCUCUGACGAUGGCCAAGUUUUUGCUGCUACUGAAGUUCAAGCACCAUGUAACGACUUCAAGCCAAUAAUGCAAAACGUGCAUGGUAAUGAUGGGCCUUCAGUCUCAAAGUCAAUAACAGAAUCGUUCUCUGUUUUCCAGUCUCGAUCAGAGGACACACCCUGUGCUCAGUUCCCUGAAAGCUCCUCUAUUCUCUUGCAGCAAAGCAUAUUUUCACCAGCAGCUAAUAACACUACAUUGAAAAUUUUGGAGAAGGAAAAUUCUAGACCAGCCACGUUCCAUGGAGGUACUAUUUGCCUGAAUGAUGAUGGUGAUGAUGAUGAUAGUGAUCAAAUGGAAAAAGGACAUAACUUACAGGUUGGGGUGGAAGUGGAAGGGCCCACCACACACCUUGCAAAUAGUGGUGGCAGUCGGAACUGCAUUCAUCAUUUGCUCUCUGAUCCUCACAGAGUUCCUAGCAAUCUGAAGAAAGAUGAACUACCUUUAUCUGAUUCCAGCUCCACAAUAAUGGAACAUGAUUCCUGCAUGCAGUUCAUAGUUUCAUCAACUGAGUCUAGUGUUAAACCAAAUUUGGGUCGCAACUGCGAAAGUGGUCCCCAGAUUGCAAAGGUUGUAAGAAACUUAAACUGUGAAGUAGAGCCACUAGACUUUGGACUUGUGGUCCCUGGAAAAGCAUGGUGCAACAAGUAUGCAAUUUUUCCUAAAGGAUUCAGAAGUCGGGUUAGGUACUUAAGUGUUAUUGAUCCAACACAAGGGUCUCACUAUAUCUCCGAAAUUCUUGAUGUGGGAAUCUCUGUACCAUUCUUCAGGGUUACACUGGAGGAUUGUCCCUCUGAAGUUUUCAUGUGUGUUUCUGCCAUUAAUUGUUGGGACAUGGUCCGUGACAAAGUAAAUCAGAAGAUUGUGAGCCAGCAUAGGCAAGGGAAACUAAAUCUACCUCCUCUGCAUCCACCGGGAUCAAUCGAUGGAUUUGACAUGUUUGGAUUUUCAACACCAUUUAUUGUUCAGCAGAAAAUAGAGGCUCUUGAUCCCAAUCAUUUAUGUCUGGAAUACUGGAACUGUCAACCCACCAAACAGAAGCCAGUAAAAGUGCCUCCAGGAAGUUCAACUAAGGACAACCAAGGCAGCACUAAGGUGGUGCCCAGAGAGGGUCCAAUCAUAAAGAAUAGCUUGGAAGCGGUAGAAUGCAUCCUCAAGGGUAUAUUCAAGAAGGCAAACCGUGAAGAACUCCGUGCUCUUCAAGAGGCACUGAGCAAUGAAAAUGCAUGUCUAAACAAGGACAUAGUCAUCAAGUUUCUCAAAGAAGAAAUUCAAGAGUCACAGAAUGGUAAAUUUGGUGACAUUCACCUUUGUCCACCUGAUGAAUAUUUGGAUAUGAAAAAGUAACCUACCUCUCUCUCUCCCCCCUGUAUAACCAUGAUUUGUGACCUGAGUCUUGAGUUUUUUUAGAUGUAGCACAUGUAACUCUUCAUAAGCGGCAAUUGACGUGACCCAAAUGUACAGAACUACAAGCACUGAGAAAAUUUGAGAAAAAUCAAUGGAAUUCAUUGUUAGCAUGCAUCGUCAAA